AGUAAUUGUAGUAUGAUGGCCUAGCUCAGAUGUUGCAGUCACAAAUCAGAUAUUAUGGGUGCAGCCUUCUCAUCAGACGAGCAAACUAGGACAGAGACUAGCACUCCAAAAACUUAGUUUGCAUCACUACAUGGGAAAGAAGUGGCUUGCAAGCAGGAACCCUGCACUUGAUCCUUGUCCACACUGCAUCUGGACUGUUAUUAUGCAGAUAUCCAUAUUACUUCUCUUUACCCUGCUAAGAGAAAUUGGUGCUCAGUUCCCUCGGCAGUGUACCACAGUUGAUGCACUGACAAGAGGUGAAUGCUGUCCAGACCUUUCUCGAGUAGUGGUCCCUGGUUCAGAUCGCUGUGGAUCAUCUUCAGGGAGGGGUCAGUGUGUGCAAGUGAUAGCAGACCUGCGACCCCAUGGACCCCAGUACAUGCAUGAUGGUCGAGAUGACCGUGAGCAAUGGCCUCUCCGCUUCUUCAACCGAACCUGCCAAUGCAACAGAAACUUCUAUGGAUACAACUGUGGGUCCUGUCGACCCGGCUGGAGUGGGCCAGCAUGUGACCAGCAGAGUCAAAUAGUCAGAAGAAACAUUCUGGAUUUGAGCAGAGAAGAAAGGAAUCAAUUUCUAAGAGUCUUGCAGCAAGCCAAGAAUACGGUGCAUCCUGACAUUGUGAUAGCCACGAGGAGACGUGAGGAGAUCAUGGGUCCUGAUGGCAAUACACCACAGUUUGAAAAUGUAUCCAUUUAUAAUUACUUUGUGUGGUCCCAUUAUUAUUCUGUCAGAAAGACAUUUCUUGGUCCAGGACAACAGAGUUUUGGCGGAAUAGAUUUCUCCCAUGAAGGACCAGCAUUUCUCACCUGGCAUAGAUACCAUCUUAUACAGCUGGAGAGAGACAUUCAGGACAUGCUACAAGAUCGCUCUUUUGCACUUCCGUAUUGGAACUUUGCAACAGGUAGAAACACUUGUGACAUCUGUACAGAUGACCUGAUGGGAGCAAGAAGCAACUUUGAUGCCACUCUUCUAAGUCAAAACUCUAUAUUUUCUCAAUGGCGAGUUUUGUGUGAGGCUGUUGAAGAGUAUGAUACUUUGGGAACUAUUUGCAACAACACAGAAGGUGGUCCAAUUAGAAGAAAUCCUGCUGGAAAUGUUGCCCGGCCAAUGGUGCAGCGCCUUCCUGAGCCACAGGAUGUUGCUCUUUGCUUAGAAGUUGGAUUAUUUGAUACGCCUCCAUUCUAUUCAAAUUCAACAGACAGUUUCCGCAAUACAGUGGAAGGAUACAGUGAUCCUUCGGGGAAGUACGAUCCAGCAGUACGUAGUCUUCACAAUCUUGCCCAUCUGUUUUUGAACGGCACUGGAGGGCAAACCCAUUUGUCCCCGAAUGAUCCUAUUUUUGUCCUCCUGCACACAUUCACUGAUGCUCUCUUUGAUGAAUGGCUGAGGAGACAUAAUCCUGAUAUCUCAAUAUUUCCAAUAGAGAAUGCCCCUAUUGGCCAUAACAGACGGUACAACAUGGUGCCAUUCUGGCCCCCUGUGACUAACAAUGAGAUGUUUGUCACAGCACCAGAAAAUCUGGGCUACAGUUAUGAAGUUCAGUGGCCAUCUCGGGCUCUUCAAGUCACUGAAAUCAUAACUAUUGCCAUUGUAACUGCUUUGAUCCUGGUUGCAAUUAUUUUUGCUAGUGCUACAUGCAUUGUUCAUGCCAGGAGAAACAAGGACGAACUGCAUCAGCCUCUUCUCACUGACCAGUACCAGACCUACUCCGAUGAUUACGACAGCAUACCAACCCCAAGCCAAUCGGUUGUGUAAAGUGCCAGCUGCUUAACCUGCACUCUGUAGCACCUGUACUU